AUGUCUUUAGAGAAAGCUCUCUCGUCAGACUUACCUAUGGGCAAACUAUCCGAUAAGGAGAGGGAUAGCGAUUCCACGUCCUCUAUGGCCCAGAAAGGAGAGUUGAAAAGAACUUUCUCGGUGUGGUCGGUGCUUGGUAUUGGCUUCGGUUUGACCAACUCGUGGUUCGGAAUUUCCGCCUCUCUCAUCACUGGUAUCCAGUCAGGUGGCCCCUUGUUGAUUGUCUACGGUAUCAUCAUUAUUGCUUGCGUUUCUUACUGCAUUGGUAUCACCCUCUCAGAGUUGUCCUCAGCGAUUCCUUCAGCUGGUGGACAGUAUGUGUGGACCAGAGUCUUGUCACCCAAGAAAUACUCCAGUUUUCUCGCAUAUUUAUGUGGCUCUUUGGCUUGGGCUGGCUCUCUCUUCACCAGUGCUUCCAUGGCUCUUUCUGUGGCCCAGACAGUCAUGGCUUUCUGGGUGCACAUGCAUCCAGAGCAUGAGACAAAGUCCUGGCAAACAUUCGUCGUCUACCAGUUGGUCAACGUUAUCUUGGUUUUGUUCAACUGUUACGGAAAAUACUUGCCCUACAUUGCUAAUGCCGCCUUGUACACCUCGUUGUUCUCCUACUGUGCUAUUACCAUUACCGUCCUUGUCUGCGCUAGAGGCAAUUAUGCCUCGCCCAGCUUUGUGUUCACAGACUUUGAAAACAACACUGGCUGGACCACAUCGGGUAUUGCCUUUAUCGUCGGAUUGGUGAACCCCAACUGGAGUUUCUCCUGUCUUGAUUCUGCUUCCCACUUGGCCGAAGAAGUCCACGGCGCUGACAGAGUCAUUCCUAUCGCUAUUUUGGGAACCGUCACCAUUGGUUUCAUCACUUCAUUCACUUAUUCCAUCGCUAUGUUCUUCUCGAUCACCGACUUGAGCGCCAUCAUCAAUGGCGGAAGCGGCUUGCCCAUUUUGGACAUCUAUUACCAAGCUUUGAACCACAGAGCAGGAUCCCUUUGUCUUGGAAUUCUUAUUUUCUUCACGGCAUGUGGCUGUACCAUCUCUUGUCACACCUGGCAGGCGAGACUCUGCUGGUCUUUCAGCAGAGACAACGGUUUGCCAUUCUCCAAGUACUUGUCCAUCAUCGACCCUAACCUAGGUGUUCCCUUAAACGCUCACUUGUUCUCCUCAUUCUGGGUCGCUAUAUUGGGCUGCUUGUACCUAGCUUCCUCGACCGCCUUCAACUCCAUGGUCGUUGGUUGUAUCACUUUCCUUCUUUUGAGUUACUUGGUCCCCACAGGAUGCUUGCUUUACAGAGGUCGUAACAACAUCAAGCAUGGACCAUUUUGGCUCGGCAAAGUUGGCCUUUUCGCCAAUGUCAUGACUAUCGCUUGGGCUAUUUUCGCCUUGGUAUUCUACUCAUUCCCCACGUUCAUGCCCGUCACAGCCGGUACCAUGAACUAUGUCUCUGUGGUGUAUGCGGUAUACCUCAUCUUUACUUUGGGCUACUGGUUCUUCCCCAUCAAAAAAUACUCUUGCAGAGAGCUGUUCGCAGGUGGUCUCGGGAAUAACGAAGAGGAAGAGUUCCCAGACGUGUGUCUCACCGACUUAUAG